UCGUCAUAUGUUGGAGUUUCUUCUCAGUCUUGUCCGGCAACUUACUCAUCAGCAAUUUGUUGCUUCCCUUGCUUUUUCCACAUCGUUUCUCGCGUCAACAACAAAAGACACCACUUCACAACAUAGCGGCAGAGCUAUCAUCUGUCUGACUCACGGUCUUUAAUGAAAAUUUACUAAGAGAAACAGGUUCAGCCUUCUUCAGAUGCGAAGGGGCCCACGACGUGGAAGAGGUAGAAACCAACAUCCCACCCGGGGCGCAUCUUCUCGGAGAGAUACGUCAGACCCGCCAUCAGCAUCCAAUUCCAGGACCACUUCGCGGCAAACCACCGUCGGAAACAGCCGCAGCCACGCGUCACUAAGACGCUCCGCUCGUAUCGCGGGAUUACUCAACGGCGAGACUGAUCAUCAGCUAGCCAACGCCACGUCUUCGAUGGCUGACGUCGCGAGACCAAGGGCGCUAGGAAGCAGGUCCGUUCGUUCAAGACAUCACUCCGGAAACGCCCGCACUUCAGGAAGAUCAAGAUCAAGAUCAGGUCAAAAUUCGCUAUCCCCGGAAGAGAUCCGGUACGCCAUGGACAUCGUGGUGCAGCCACCGCGAACUGCCCAGGUUGGUCAAGCAUUGCCUGGAUCCAUUGUCGUGCGAUUACGAACCAUCAACGCCGAUACAAAUGAAGCCGUUGCAGACUCGACGAACCUGGUCGCUGUCGCCGCUCUGGUCCCUGGUCCAAACACACCAGCGUCUGUGGACACAAAUGCUCUCAACGCACUGCUCACCGGGCGCGUCUUCGAUUCUAUUCACCCGUUCAACGAUGAUGAAGCGGAUGGAUCCAUUGCCUCCAUGGACAUGGCCGACCCCCAUGGCGUGGGCUACAUGCGCUUUCCCGAGCUUGUCAUUCGUCGGGCUGGUACCUUUCGGAUACGGAUCACGCUCAUUCGCAUUCGUAACUCUGCUACAGACCCACCAGUCACGUCUGCAGGCAACGGCUUGGCAGUCCAUGUCGUCGAUAGCAACCCAAUCGUGGUCAAUGGGGGUGGAUCUUCGUCAAACAUGGCUGCAUUUAAUGGGGACGGCGAUGUUGACGACGGUGGUUGGCUUGAGGUUCUGCGUUCCAUUCAGGAUCGACGCAUCUCGCGGUAGUGCCAUGUUUCGGUCUUUUGUUGGGUGGCAUUCUGUAUGAUUAGAGGGCUUUUUCUGGGCAGUGUGUUGGUUUAUGGGAAGCAAGUGUUUUGGUGGCAUGUGGAACGGCCAUGUGCUGAGAUUACGAGAUCAGUGUGGGUCUGAGGUCUAAGCUUGGUGUCAGAUGGGCCGAGGGAUCUGCAGGCUCGAUGAGGAAAACGUUGCUAUCUUUCUUCGCUUUAGAUGCAUCAUAUCAUUAGCUUUGUACGCAUGCCUCGAUGGAGGUAAAGCAGGCACUAUAAUCAAUUUCUCAUACCUCUGCGACCAUUACGAUGUUGAUUGGCAGACCA